AUGCCGAUGUGGGACGCUGUGUCGUGGAACUCACUGAUGUGGGGACUCGCGGAGGAUGGUCAAAUUGAAGAGGCGUGGAAGAUGAUCCAUGCAAUGCCAGUACCAGACAUAGUAUCAUGGACCGUGAUCAUCCAAGCACUCGCUGAUGCCGGCGACGUUCCAAGAGCUCGAGAAAUAUUCGAUGCGAUGAUCCAGAGAAAUGGAGUCACUUGGCAAUUGCUCGUCAGCGGGUAUGCCCAGCUCGGGCAUACGAACGAUGCAAAGUUCCUGUUUGGUCGAAUGCCACAGCACAGCCUCGUGUCGUGGAACUCAAUGCUUGCUUGUUAUUCGCAAUCCGGGAAUCUCGGGGAGUCAAAGAAAACGUUUGAUGGAAUGAGAAUAAAGGACGUGGCAUCUUGGACUAGCAUCAUGACAGCAUAUGCCCGUUGUGGGCAUCUUGCAGAUGCCGAGAGAAUUUUCACCGAGAUGCCAAAGAAGGACGUGGUUGCAUGGAACGCUCUCGCGGUGGCCUACAACGACAUGGAAAUGUUUGAGAGGUGCGACGAAUGUUACAAGAAGAUGCCGCAUUGGAAUUUGGUGUCUCUCAAUGGGUAUCUCCACAUGAUAUGCAUUGAAAAUGCCAAACAAGCCAAGGAGUUCUUCGAUUCUAUGCCAAGGAAGAACUCAAUCUCCUGGAACAACAUCCUGGCAGCCAGCCUCCGCCAUCACAAACUCACAGACACGAAGGCGGUGUUUGAUCGAUCGCCAAAACACACUCCAGUGGCCUUAAGCACGAUGCUCCAAGCGCUUGUCCUGGAAGGUGAUCACAGCUCCUUCGACCAAGCAGAGCUUCUCUAUCGCGAAAUCCCGAACAAGGAACAGGACCUCUUUGCGUCGAGCCUCAUGAUCGCGGGGUACGCCCAGCGUGGAGAGCUAGAUAAAUCCAGGAGAGUGUUCGAUUCCAUGGAAGCGUGGGACUUUGUGUCGUGGACGGCGAUCAUCCAGGCCCACGCUCACAAUGCCCAGAUCGAUCCGGCGCUAGAGCUCCUGCGACUGAUGUGCCUAGAUGGCUCCAGCAGCCCAAAUGAGGUGACCCUCCUCGCCAUCCUCAAUGGCUUCGCCCAUUGCGGCUUGGCGGAGGAAUGCUGCGCUUUCUUCCUCUCAAUCGAGCCCGACUUUGGAAUCCAUCCCACACUGGACCACUACUGCUGCGUGGCUGACCUGCUCGGCCGCGCCCGGCGGUUGGACGAGGCCGAGGAGCUCGUCGCCACCAUGCCCUUCCUCCCAGACGCCAUCGCGUGGGCAACGCUGCUGGGAGCCUGCCGGAUCCACGGGGAUGCCGCCCGGGGAGCCAGGAUCUAUGGCCGGGUCAUGGACCUGGAUCCCACUCACGCGCCAUCGCUGCUGCUCGCCUCGCGCAUUGCGGCCGACGAGUGA